CGCCGGCCGGCCUGAACCCACAUCCUGCCACUUCACCGCUAAUAUAAGAAGCUUUCUCUGUUGAAUAGCCAUAUUUUUGUUUUAAUGUCAACGCGACCAAGAGUAAUAAAUGAUUCGCUAGUCCUUUAACUGCAGCGGGAAUUAAUUUACAGGCGCCGUGGUAACAUUAGCGAAACGGCCGGUGCAGUGACAGCUUCAUAUCAGCCAGGGGAGGAGUCGUGCACACGCAGAGUCCACCUCUGUUGUGUGAUAAAUGAAGGAAUAACAGGUUAAAGAUGAACAAAACUCAAUAGAAGACGUUACACAGGGCAGGUAACGUUACAUGCAGAGGACAAGCCAAACUGGGACUUCAGGAGGUUAAUAAAGUCAUUAAAGUGACAAUGCUGCUACAAAGGCUGACCCUGUGUUCAAGGAUCCCACUGGUUUACCCGGGACACGUAUGCCGGUUGCUCACCAGACCACUGACACAAGUUCCCCAGGGGAGGGCACAUGGCAGCUCCUUUGCACACCGUGGUGAACUGCGUAGGGCCAAGAGGAUCGUAGUCAAGCUCGGCAGUGCUGUGGUCACCCGUGGGGAUGAAUGUGGCCUGGCUCUGGGGAGGCUGGCCUCCAUUGUGGAGCAGGUGGCCAUGCUGCAGAAUCAAGGCAGGGAGAUGAUGAUUGUCACCAGUGGAGCAGUGGCCUUUGGCAAGCAAAGAUUAAGACAUGAGAUCCUUCUGUCCCAGAGUGUCCGACAGGCGCUGCACUCAGGACACAAUCAGCUCAAAGAUAUGUCUAUGCCAGUGCUGGAGGCCCGGGCCUGUGCUGCGGCUGGACAGAGUGGCCUUAUGGCCCUGUAUGAGGCUAUGUUCACCCAGUACAGCACUUGCACUGCACAGGUCCUGGUGACGAAUCUGGAUUUCCACGAUGACCAAAAGAGGCAGAAUCUGAACAGCACACUGCAGGAGCUGCUGCGUAUGAACAUUGUGCCCAUCAUCAACACUAAUGAUGCUGUGGUGCCCCCGCCGGAGCCCAACAGUGACCUGCUGGGGGUAAAUGUGAUCAGCAUUAAGGACAACGACAGUCUGGCGGCGCGGCUAGCUGUAGAGAUGAAGGCCGACCUCCUCAUUGCGCUGUCAGAUGUGGAAGGACUGUACAACAGCCCCCCUGGAACAGAUGACGCAAAGCUCAUUGACAUCUUCUACCCUGGAGACCAGCAGUCCAUCACCUACGGUACAAAGUCCAGAGUUGGUAUUGGAGGAAUGGAGGCCAAGGUCAAGGCUGCCCUCUGGGCCCUGCAAGGUGGCACCUCAGUGGUCAUUGCAAAUGGCACCCACCCCAAAGUAACAGGUCAUGUCAUCACUGACAUUGUGGAGGGAAAGAAGGUGGGAACCUUCUUCUCUGAGAUCAAACCUGCUGGCCCAACUGUGGAGCAUCAGACAGAAAUGGCACGCAACUCUGGAAGAACCCUGGCAUCUCUGCACCCAGACCAGAGAAGUGAGAUCAUCUGCCAUUUAGCAGAGCUGUUGACCGAAAGGAAAGAAGAGAUUCUGGCUGCCAACAAGAUGGACAUAGACCAGGCUGUAAAUGCAGGCCAUUUGCCUCCAGCCAUGCUGAAGCGUCUGAGCUUGUCAUCUGCCAAACUUAACAGCUUGGCCAUAGGUCUGCGCCAGAUCGCUGUGGCCGCCCAGGACAGUGUGGGUCGUGUGCUGCGCAGGACCAGGGUGGCUCACAACCUGGAGCUGGAGCAGAUCGCUGUGCCCAUUGGAGUCCUUCUAGUCAUCUUUGAGGCCCGACCUGACUGCCUGCCACAGGUGUCCGCAUUGGCCAUAGCCAGUGGCAACGCCCUCCUGCUGAAGGGAGGCAAGGAGGCAUCCAACACCAACCGUGUCCUCCACCAGCUCACCCAGGAAGCCCUUUCUAUGCAUGGAGUCAGAGAAGCAGUGCAGCUGGUGAGCACUCGUGAGGAUGUGGAAGAUCUAUGCCGACUGGACAAGAUGAUUGACUUGAUUAUCCCUCGAGGUUCAUCCCAGCUGGUGAGGAACAUUCAGCGGGCGGCCAAGGGCAUCCCGGUGCUGGGUCACAGCGAGGGAAUCUGCCACGUCUACGUCGAUGCAGAAGCCAGCAUUGACAAAGUCAUCAAAAUUGUCAGAGACUCCAAGUGUGACUACCCAGCUGCAUGUAAUGCCAUGGAAACUCUGCUGAUCCACAGGGAAAUCCUCAGGACCCCACUGUUUGACCAGAUCAUUGACAUGUUGCGCACUGAACGGGUGAAGAUUCAUGCAGGCCCUCAGUUCGCCUCCUUCCUGACAUUCAGCCCAUCGGUGGUAAAGUCUAUGCGGACUGAGUAUGGUGACCUGGAGUGCUGCAUAGAGGUGGUGGACAGCAUGCAGGAGGCUGUGGACCAUAUUCACAAGUAUGGCAGCUCCCACACAGACGUUAUCAUCACAGAAAAUGAGAACACAGCGGAGCAAUUCCUUCAGCAGCUGGACAGCGCCUGUGUUUUCUGGAACGCAAGCUCACGUUUCGCUGAUGGCUACCGCUUUGGUCUAGGAGCAGAGGUAGGUAUUAGCACAGCUCGUAUUCAUGCCCGGGGCCCUGUUGGCCUAGAGGGGCUGCUCACCACCAAGUGGGUCCUGAGAGGUGCGGGGCACACAGCAGCCGACUUCUCUGAGCAGGGUACCAUGAAGUACCUCCAUGAAAACCUGCCUGUCGAGCAGCCUCUCGCUGUGCAGAGGGACAGCAACUAGACUAGAGACUUUUUACAACACUGACUUGGCAUCAACAUUGGUCAAAAUGCACACAGCAUGGAGAGAAAAGCUUAACACACCAAUGGUCCAUUUUAUCAGCACAACCUGAAAGAUAUCCCCUCUUUAGACUUCAGACUGUUACUCAGAGUUUACAAAUGUUUUGAAUUCUACCUCAUCUUAUGAUUCUUUUAUAUGAGUUAGGUAAGUUACACUUAGGGUUGGGUAUCGUUUGGGUUUUUUCCAAUACCGGUGCUAAAACGAUAAUUUUAAAACAGUGCCUGUGCCUGACCCGAAAUAUAUAGAAUAUAUUUAUAAUGUAUAAAAUAUAAAAAAGGAACACAAAACGACAGUUUGCGACA